CGCGCCGCGCCGCGCCACGCCGCCGCCUCCACCGCCGUGAGGCUUCGAACCCGAACACAGCCGAACGUCGUCGAGCGACAACGGAAACGUACGAGCGGUGCGGUUCGAGCGGCCGAGCGAACGAUACGGCCGAGCAGUGCGGUGCCGACUCUUGCUGCCGCGGUUGCAGAUUCCGCGGUGUGUGUGUGCGCGCGUGUUUACACGACGAGAGGGAGCGAAAGAGAAAGAGAGAGAAAGAGCAAGAGGGAAAGAGUUUGCGCCGCGGAGGCGAGGGCAGGAGAGAGAUAGAGAGAGAGAAAGAAAAAGAGAAGAGAGACAAGCUCGCGCGAGAGCGGAGGAGAAACGCAAAAAGCGGCGGACAAGUCGGCGGAGCCGUCCGCGGUGCGUGUUUCGUCGUGCAAGUCCCUCUCUCGCAGGAGGAGUUACGUGUAGCGUAGCGUGAGUACGCACGCACGCACGUACAUACGUACAUACGUACGUCUCGGCUCGACGACGACGACGACGACGACGACAACGACAACGACGACGACGACGACGACGACGACGACGACGACGACGACGUAUCGCGGAGUGCGCGCAACACGAGCGGCGACAACGACGACGAUCGACGGAGGCCGACGGGCGAGACGUACAGCGGCGAACCUCGCGCAACGUCGUCGUGCUCUCCGCGCGCGACGUGACCGGCACGCACACGCCGCGAGAGAGACCGCCGCGAACGCUCCAACCACCCUGCCUUUAACGGGGCGUGGGUGCCAACCACACCGCGCCGCACCGCACCGCACCGCGUCGACGGUGGUGCGGCGAGACGGCGGGCGGUGCGCGUAAUUCAAAAGGUGCGCGCGACGGCCGCGGCGAGAACAUGACAGACGAUACGGAGUAUUGCGCGAAUUCGAGGCGGCAGCGCGUCGCGGGUGAAGAAGGGACGAUAAUAUAAACGUGAGGUGAAAGGUAGAGGAGGAGAGAAAAGUGAGAGAGAGAGAGAGAGAGAGAGAGAGAGAGAGAAAAGGGGGACGCACGCGAGGCCGAGGGAGGAGAGAAACUCCUCCGAGAAAGAAAGCUCCCAAACCCAAGUACAUCCGCGCGGCCAGUGAUCCCGUGUGUUGCGGCUCGCGUGUGUUGCGCGCGAGAGCGCGUCUGGGGUGAGUGUGUGUGAGAGUGCAAGAGGACCCAGGUCGUGCGUGCGUGUGCGCGCGCGCGCGCGCGAGUGGGCCCAGGAGAGAGAGCGAGAGAGAGAGAGAGAGAGAGAGAAGAGAGAGAGAGAAAGAGAGAGAGAGAGAGAGAGAGAACUUUGGUGGCUUCCGGCCGGUCGGCGCGGAGGCGUUCCGGUUGGCGAUCGCGCGGUUUCGCGGAGAGGAUGCUGGUAACGUCGCCGACGGUCAUUACAACGAGGCCAAUGAUGACGACCUCGCGAGGUCUCGACUGAGAUAGAUUUCAUCAAAGAGAGAAAAAGAGAGAAAGAGAGAGAGAAAGAAAGAGAGAGAAUAAGAGAGAGAGAGAGAGAAAAAUUGUCGCGCGGUGCGCCGCAUCGUCGUCGUCGACAUCGGGAUUCCGUCGCCGCGACGGUGGCAUCGACGAGCGGUCGUCGUGCCGCUGGCCGCGGCGCGCGCGUUUCGAUCGUUAAUCAGGUGUUAUCCCCGGAUCAGGUGUUGGCGGGACGCAAAAAACCGCAAUCAGCGGGUGCCAACUACGAAUCGUCAUCGACAGGAUUUUGACGAACGAGAGAGAGAGAGAGAGAGAGAGAAAGAGACACGCGGAAAGUCCGUCACAGACUUCGCAACGGCAACGGUGUGCCGUUCGCUAAACACUGCGAAUGAUAGUCGCAUCCACGGGGAUACCACCGAUGACUAUAUUCUCGACCGCUGUCGUUAAAGACUAGAUAUCGCAUCCUGCGACUAUUCGCGAUCCUAGCAAUUGAGGAACAACGAGGGUUAUUAUUUGCGAGCACAUUGUUCGCGGUCACGGUAAUCGAAAGUCUCGCGCUCGCUCGAAGAAGAGGUCGUACAACCGCGACCAUUCCGCGAUCACGCGAUCCCGAGGAACCUUUCUUGGAACCAUCCGCGAUCCUAAUAAUCGCCUACGAAGGAUCUCGGAGCAGACUAUCGAUCUUAGGCCGUACGGUGGGCUUCGCCGUCACGGAGGAACCGUAUUCACCUUACGGAGGGAUUACCUAGGCUCGUUCCUGUCCUGGAUACAACUAGCUCGUCGUUGAAACGACCUGUCCACGUUUUUGGCAACGGGUGACGAAGCCGUCCACGCGAAGCCGCGAUCCGGAGAUACAGAGGAGGAGGAGGAGGAGGAAAAGGCGAGAGAUAACGCGCCAGGAGCGACGUCGCGACGCCGGCCGACGGUGAAUCACUUCCGGUGAAACCGACAACGCAAACGACACAGCCAGGAUGCAGGUGGCAACGUUGUUCAGGGAGAGCGCUACCCUGCUGGGUGCAUCCAGCCUGGACCCCCCGCAGACUCACCAUCAUCAGAGUAUGCAUCAGCCGCAGCCGCAACAGCAGCAGCAGCAGCAGCAGCAGCAGCACCAGCAGAUGCAACAGCAGCAACAGCACGCCACCGACAUGCACCUAGUCGGCCACCACAUGCAGCACCACUACAAGAUGUAUCCGUCACCGGUGCAGAACGGAGGACCAAAUGGCACGACGACAAUGAGCUGCGCGAAUUCUCAAGGGGUGUUGGUGAAGCAGGAGGCGAGGGACGACGGUUACGAGACGAGUCCGGACCUCGAGAUGAGGAGCACCGGCGGUGACAGCAGUCAGCAGUAUCACACGCCGCUGACACCACACACGCCGCACACACCGCACACACCGCACACGCCCCUCACGCCGAUAUCGGCGACAGCGCAUCAACCCCAGCAGCCGGGCUCGACCGCCUCCGCCCUCGGACAGGUCGCGAUAAAAUGCGAGACGCCGGUGGACCCGUACUCGUUCGUCGACGAGGAGAUGUCGAUGAGCGGCAUGAGGACGGCUAGCAGUCCAGGCGGCGGCGGUGGCGGCGGCAACGGCGGCAAUCCCGAGAGCAUGACGUGUCCGGGCGGCGCCCAACCUGGGCUGGGUACACCCACGUCGACACCGCCCGGGGCGCUGUCCGGGCCACAACAUCAUCAGAUGAAUCUCGUGAUGAACGGCGCCGGCAGCGUCAACCCGCAGCUGGCGCAUCAGCCGAAGAAGCGGGGCCGCAAAAAAAAGUCGGAGAUGAUACUCACCCCCGAGGAAGCGGAGCUCGCGGAGGCCAAGAAACGCGCAAAGACGUACAAAGAGAGGAAGAAGCACGACAGGUUCGACGGCAUGCCGGAAGAGGAAGUGAGCAAGCGCGUUCUACCGGACCACCUCACCAACAACCUUGACAUUAUUAUAAUUGGUAUCAACCCCGGACUGUUCGCGGCUUAUAAGGGACAUCAUUACGCUGGACCUGGAAACCACUUCUGGAAAUGCCUACAUCUAAGUGGUCUCACGCCCGAACCAUUGACUGCGGACGACGAUUACAAGCUCUUACGACUCGGCAUCGGUUUUACAAAUAUGGUAGCACGUGCGACAAAAGGCAGCGCAGAUCUUACAAGAAAGGAAAUUAAAGAAGGUAGUCACAUUCUGCUCGAGAAAUUACGGAAGUAUAAGCCAAAAAUUGCAGUAUUCAACGGCAAACUUAUAUACGAAGUGUUCUCGGGAAAGAAGGAAUUUGGAUUUGGAAGGCAACCCAACCUCGUCGAGGGCACCAAUACGUAUAUGUGGGUUAUGCCUUCGAGCAGCGCGAGGUGUGCUCAGCUACCACGUGCUGCUGAUAAGGUGCCAUAUUACGCUGCUCUGAAGAAGUUUCGUGACUAUCUGAACGGCACAAUCACGCACUUGGACGAGUCGGACAUUGUUUUCGCUGAUUCGAAACUCAAGAAGAAGGAUCACGAGGCGAUCGAGGACAAGAAGCCAGUGUUUACCGACGAUUUGCCCGACGGUGACGGCCGAAUCACGGAGAUCAACGGCAUGGGAAUUAAGCAGGAGACGGGGUUGAUACCCGGCAAGAAGAAACGCGGCAGACCGAAAAAGAUCAAGAAUCCGGAGGAUCAGCCCGCGCCGGAUCCCGAGAAGCUGGACGCGAAUGGCGAAGUUAUCAAAAAGCGCCGUGGUCGUCCGAAAAAGAUUCAUCAGCAGCAGAAGCAGAUGGAGCGGGACAAUCGCGAGAGGGAACAACAACAACAGCAGCAACAUCAGGUGAUGGGCCACUUGAACGAUGGUUACGGUAACGUCCCGAAUUGCUUCUCACCGCCGAUAAUGUCACCCCCGAAGACGUUCCAGCACAUGGCGCCGUAUCCGCAAGCGAUGAACGACGGGUUUUACGGUCCGGGCAUGAACGACAGUAGCCCGUACAAUAUGAGCUCGAAGCAGAGCCCGGUGCACCUGCAGCACUACAGUCAGAGUCCCAAGUCCAUGUCGCUGUCGUUUCACUCGGAUCUGUCGUCGGAGAUCAAUACCGCCAUCUCGUCAGAGAACAAUCUCGAGCCGUCGCCAUUGACGUCGCCCAGCGUCGAACAUCCGGACUUUGAGCCGCCCACUAGCAUGUCGCAACAGAACAUGGGCAACGAUCAUCGUCAGUACAAUCCGGCCGGAGGUCCCGACCCGACGGGUCACCAUGGCAGUCCUGGCACGCCGUCCCACAACAGCUACGCCAACUACAUGGGCUACCACGAGCAGCCGCCGGAUGCGCACAAUCCGCAUCCGCAUCAGACGACGCCGACGCCUCUCAGCCAGACCGCCGAGGAGCACUCCCAUCACUCGCAUCCGACGCCGCCACAUCCGCAUACGCCGACUCACACGUCCAUGUCGCCGCACCAUCCGCACGAGCAGUACGGCAUCAAGAGGAACUCUGGUCAGGACGUGGCGUCUAAGAGCCUGAGCGACUUGGAGUCCCUCGUGGAUCAGAUCCCGAACAUAGCCGAUGGCGGCAAUCAGCGUCUGCAGCAUCCGGGUAUGCCGGGUGAGGAUACCCUGGCAGAGAAGAUGGACGCCCAUCAUCAAUCCUACAUGUCUGGUUUCGGCGGCAUGCCGGGGGGACCAGGCGGGAUGACCAAUUACAGCCCGCCGUUGCCACCGGGUAGCGGAAUCUAUCCCUCCUCGCUGCACCACUCACCGACUGACGCGGGCUACGGAGGUUUGUACGCUAUGAACAGCCGUCACCAUCAGGAGUCUCAGCAGCAGCAGCAGCAGCAACAGCAGCAGCAGCAGCAGCAGCAUCAACAGCAGCAACAACAGCAGCAACAGCAGCAACACAGCAAGUCCUACACGGUGGAGAAUCUCGCGUCCAGUAACUACACCCCCAGCAUGAACCACGGCCACCCUGGCAACUCUUACCCUAACAUCAUACCCGGUCACUACCCGGUGCCGAUGGGCUCGACCAACGGCUACCUGUUCGGCGGCAUCGAAUCCAGUCUGAUGCAACGUACCUACGCGAUCGGCGGGAUGAGCGGCAUGAGUAGCAUGCAUGCAUCCGCCGCCCUCGGCCACCCGAUGGCGGCCAACCCGUAUCCGUACAACGGCUCGUACUCGAGCUCGUUCGACGCCUACCCGGCGCCGCCGACGGGCAUACACACGCCCAGCGCCAAUUACCCCGGCUACGUCGGCACGGCUGGCGCGGCGCCCAGCAGCACCACCUCGCCGCCGUCCUACCUCGCACCGUCGCACCACAGACCGCCGGUCGACCUCUCUUACGACGGUGUAUGAUAAUCGAUGUGAGACCACCACCAACCCAGCAUCAACCCCCGAUGAUCCUCUCUUUCUGUCUCUAUCUCUAUCUCUCUUUCUCUCUCCGUCUCAUCUCAUCCCAUCCCUUCCCAUCCCAUCCCAUCCUCUCCUUCGCCUGCCGAUCGCCACCUGUGCGCGCGCGCGAGCGACGCACGUAUCCGCCGCGUUUAUCUUUUCUACGUAUUUUUACACACGUCUUUUAAGACACGGCUCUCAACGUGUCGGGGUCGCACCGUCGCGCGUCGUCCCCCCUCUUCCCUCCCGAAUCGCCGUUUCCUCGUCCUUUUCCCUUGUUAAAUCAUCCUCCGCGAAUCAUCCCCUCUCCUUGCGAGAUGCUACUUGCGAUCCGCGCACAGUCUUUCUCGCCCUUUGUCGAUUCAUCUGCCGCACAGUACUCCAAUUUUUUUUUUCUUUUUCCAUCUCUUUUGCUCAAGCCGGCUCUACGUACAAAGCGCUCCGGAAUUGACGGAAAAUGGAUACCGUACGUUCAUCCCCCUCUCCGAAAACAUCGUGACUCUGAUAGCAAUAACGAACUUAUCCGAAUUAUUAUUAGAUUAAUAUCACGCUUCUUACUUGAGACGGAUACUAUUUUAAGAGUCAGAAGCUUAGUUCCUAAAAUGUUGCAUUGAGACUUGACGAAUUGUGUCGGACAAAAAUGCCCUCGAGGCGUGUGCGCUAUAUCGUAUCCAUAUUGUGUCAAUUUCGGGGCAAAUAUCGGUCUCUCGUUUCAUUACUCCUCUUGCUUCUUCUAUUCCUGCAUCCUACUUCUACUUUGUCGCCGCGCCUCUCUCACACUCUAUUUUUUUUAUCACGCUCUCGAUAUGUGAUUACGCCGUGAGCAAUUACGGGCGCGCGGCUCGGGAACGGGAAAGCCGCUCGUGAAACGCGACUAUAACGCACGCAACGAACGAGAAACGUAAGCCUCGGAUAGAUCAGGUUCGCCGAUCGCGUUCUGCACCGAUCCGAUCGUUGAAGAAACACACACACACACACACACACACACACACAUACACACGGGCACGCAUUCCGAUAAUCGUAACGAUAAACGACCUUAAUGCCGGACAGAUUCAGAAUUCAGCCGACGUAGCCGAGGUCGGCCAAACAUGUAAUUGCGCUACCCUUAUUUCCUACAUUGAUCAGGCGAUAUCGAUCGUCGCACCGAUUGCUACAAACGUAUCUACGAGCUUCAACGACCGAAAGCACGUUUACCACGUUUUCGUAUUUCGAAGGGCAUUCGAAAUUGCAAGUAAGGUACAGAGCAUAUGUCCAAUUUGCAAUUGUAAAUUGUUGCGUGUCUUUGAAAGUCAAUAAGAAAGAACGCUACGUCGCGUCUACAAAUUAAAGCACAAAGUCCAAAAACUUACCGCUUAAAUUAUCGAACAAAUGUAAAUUCCGAUUAAUUCUAAUUCUCGAUCUUGACGACGAGAAAAAUUCAAAUUCUCUGAUAAUGAAAAUAACUUAUUUCUUUGUUGAAUAAUUUAUUUUACAGAAUUUUUCAUCAUCGAUUUGGUUGUAGUUACAUAUUGUGCAAUGAUAGUACGAGUCAUAAAACUUCUCAUUAUCUGCAAAUAAUAUUACAUUAUAUGUUUAAUGAUAAUAUUAUUUUUUAUAUAAUGUAUAUAAUAUUAUAUUAUAUAUGUUAUAUCCGUUUUAUAAUAUUAUAAUAUCAAUUGCUAAAUUAUAAUAUUAUUCAAUGAGAAGAAUGGAAACGGUGUGCAAUAAUAUACAAUUUUUUGUGAAAUUUUUGCAACAUCUAUCGAAAAUGGAAAUUGAUCGAAAUUUAUAUCGGUAUCGUUUCGGCGAAAAAUGAAACACAUUACGAUUGUAUCAACACCAUUUACUUAUCAUGUUUAUGUAUCGAAUUGCGUCUUAUACCAUUGUUAGCCUGUUGUAUUGUUGUUACUACUGUGUUACGUACUUGAUUAAUCAACGUGCAUCGGACGUUGCACUUUCGAUCGUGAUGCUUUGUUAUGUAAUCAGAAUUGCUAUCUUAAAAUGUUGUCCAAGAAAUCAGCGAUUUGCUCAGUUUUACGUGACGACACACGUAAUAUUAUUUCUUAAAAGCGACGACAUUUACAUGACUUUCUACCUCUUGACACAGGCUCUUGACACAGGAAUGACCGAAGACUUUACCGUCUCGACAAAGAAAAAGAAAUUCGCUAAAAGAGAUUUAUCUUUUAUAAACUUGCGAACGAGGAGGAGCUUCGCACGCGUCUCCUCGAUGAGCAAUCGUUCUCAUUUCAAUCGAACCAAACUUAAUCUACGGGGAAAUCUCGUAAGGAUAAGUUUCGCUCGGUUGUGCCGUAAUGAAGUACCGUUGCCAAUACGGCAAAUCUUAAUCUUAAGUAGUGAAAGUGGUAGAAGAUACAUAAAAAAAGAUUGUUAACGCCAUCGGAAUUACAAAAUCUGUAAAAUUGUCAACGUUACCCUCUAACGUUUCUACGAGUCCGUGCUCAUACCAGUAACACAAAAAUCACGAGGAUCCUAUUCAAUCGACUGGUAUCUUUACGCUCGGGUAUCAAUAUCAUUAGCUUUGAAUCGCGUGAAUCUGUAUUUGCAUCGCGUGAUCAACUGUUUCUUGGCCCGAAUAAAAGAUACGUUGUCAUUUGUUUUGUUCAUUUCUUUUCUUGCCACAAGCGCAGCAUGCUCUCCAAAUUAAAUAAAUUUUUCCAAUUUUCACGUCCGACAUUUCAACGGAAAUCGCAUUUCCUUGUCGCGCUCUAAUGAGAGAUUAUCACCGAAUUGCGUGCCGCGCGUCGCUUGCCGCUUGUGAGCUUUUUUUAGCAGAAUAAAUAUUAAUCGUUAUUGUCAUCGUAUGGUUAAGGUUAUUGCACAUACAAUAAGAAGUAGAUUAAGCCCGAUUGUAACUCGUCGAUGCAUCUUUAAUCGGCCACUUUUCACCAACGAUUAGUUGGUCAAAUUUAAGUCCAUAGUUUAAUCUUUAGCCGGACACAAAACUAUCUCUCGAACGCGACGUUCAGGAAAGAAAGUAAUAAUGUUAUAUAAAGAUCAAAAUUGUUUAAACUACUUUGUUAUAUUCGUUUCCUCUCGAAAUCGGAUAUAUAGAGACAAUUCUGUAUAGGAGGCACCGUUGAAUCGUAGACUGUAAUUCGAACGGCAUAUUCGAGCGCGCGCUGUUUGCCACCUUCAAUUGAUAUUUCGAGACUUUUAAACAUCUCUGCAUAAAAAAUUCCAAAUUUCGGGUGUAUAUGUGUUCGCGACGCUCGACUCGCCCAGAAAUGGGAGAAUAACUUAUUUAUCUCUCCUUCCCGAGAAACUGGGACUAGAGGGAGACAGAAAAUCGAUUAAACUAAGGUUGAUGUUAAUCGAUGUUAAUAGAACCGGCCUUGCAACGCGCGCGGGACGGAAUUCACCGACGAUCGACCGAAUUAUAUUAAACUAUGAACCUUGAUAAGAGAUCGCCCGCGCGACCGGAUGCCGAGCUUACUUUACCGUGUAAGAGACGUAAGGAGAGACGUAAGCCCCGACGUGUGAGGCUGAAGAAAGAAGAGACUAAUACUGUUCGUGUGUACUUUGUUUAUCACACCGCGCCAUCCACUUUCGUACCUCGCGCCCGCAACAGCCAUCGCCUGUUUCCUCGUUACAACUCUGACUGCUAUUAUUUAUCGUUACAACUCGAUAUCGCUGUGGAGUUACAUACGUUACUGUCGUUAUUAACAUAAUUGCGUUACGUUGUCUCGUUAAUUAUAUUCUGUUAUGCGUUUCGCAUUUUGCCGAAAGUCACUAUAUAUUAAUACACGAUUAUAUGAAACGGAUACAUAAAUACGUACAUGCAUGCAUACAUACAUACAUACAUACAUACAUACAUACAUACAUACAUACGUACAUACAUAUGUACACGCGCACGCACCACACACACACACACACACACACACACACACACACACACACACACACAAUAUGCACACUUACACGCAGUCGUAAUAGGUAUUAUAGCUGGCAUUAAUCGGCAUCCUCCUUUGUGACCGACGCUGUAAAGUGACGCAUCUGGCAUGAUUAUAAAUAUAUAUACAGAUAUAAAUAUAUAAAUAUAUAAAUAUAUAUAUAGAUAUUAUAUAAAUAUAAACUAUAAAUAUUAUAUAUUGACUAUAUGUAAGGAUAAGCAAGCAACAUUUAUCUCGGGUGAAAUCACCUAGGAUGUGUCGAGACAUUUAAGAUGAUGCACAGGGUAUAGAUGAGAAUCGUUGAUAUAAUAACUGAUGUCUAUAUUAUAGAUGUUUCUUUCGUUCCAUCAUCGGCCUCAAACAUACACACAUACAGAGUUACACAACACCUAACACACACACACACACACACACAUACACACACACACACACACACACACAUUGAGACACGAUCGCGAAUCACGAGUACGUACGAUCGAAGUUUAUUGUAGUAGAUGUUUUUCAGAAAUCCAAUCUGAUUCCGGGCGACGGCCAAGAAUAAUAGAUGUCAUCGGUGUGUGUUAGUCGCGCAACAACGUUCAUCGAUUCGCAAUUCGAAAAGAUGAGGAAUUAUAUACACGUAACUCCGGCCGGUCGGUGCGGCCGGCGCAUCCACCAUCGCACUACUAAUUAAUUGACUCUUCGAUUAAUCAAAUUAACUAACUGAUUGUAAAUUGAUCGCUAUAUUAAGGACUUUACUAUUAAGUAUAAAUAUUAUAUUAUACAGAUAUUAUAAAAGUGUGGAUUCGCUGUUGAACGUGUCGAAUAAACAAAGCUAAAAAAGAAAAAAAGAAGACGACAAAAAAUCCGAGAAGUUAAGUAAGCGAGUAAGAGAGCUUGGGCCGGGGAGAUCUCGCCGGCCUCCGACAUAUUUUUUAAUCGCUUCGAACCUCUAUUAUUCUACCUACUAAUUAAACGUAAAAUGGUGUAUCUACGUGUGCGUUCGAACGAUCGGCCGAUCCGUAUCCGCGGAUCCGCGCUCCUGUCAGCUUCCCCGUUUGUCGCCGCCGAUCGGGUCGCGAUCGCUCGGGCAGUCGAGAUGUGUUCUGUAUCGAAUUAAACGAAUGUACUUCUCGAAUAUUCAUCGCUCCUACCGAAAUAUCGCGGGAUAGGGAAGGGUGACGGAUGGAUGCUCGUCUCUAUGGGCGAUAUUAGCUUAAGAUGAAUUAAAAGGAAAACAUAAAAGAGAGAGAAUCUCCCUUGCUCCCCCUUGCCGCCCGAUCCUAACGAAGCCCACGCAGAUCUCCAACGGACGUUAUUAUUGGGUGCUCAGUGGAUACCCGAGUAUCCCGCAAUAUGUAAAUCUGUAUGUCUCUGCUCGUACUACUACGAUAUUUUAUGUGAAAAAUGAAUUGUUACAAAAUACAUUACUGAUAUAACACCGAAA